AUGGAGUUUGAUUGGAACAAUUAUUUAGAAACUAAUAAAUGCAUCGCUGUUCCCGAAGAACUAUUUUCCCAUGUGGAGGCGAGCCUGAACAAUGGCAUCAAGCAGGGCAUGCUGCUGGAGGUGUGCCACAAGAGCAACCCGGACGUCUACUGGAUCGCCGAGAUCACGAUGGUGUGCGGACACCUGCUCAGGAUAAAGUUCGUCGGCGCCGAGGGCGACUUCUGGUGCGACAUAUCCACCACGAAGGUGCACCCGCUCGGCUGGUGCGGCAAGUACGACGAGCUGGUCGAGCCCCCGGACGAUGUAAACGAGCGCUGCGGCGACGGGAUCAUCGACAUCAUGAAGAAGGCCCUGCUGGUCGGCCAAUCGGUCUCCAUAGAGGCCCUGAACAACAAGGGCAUGUCGCCGAUAGACCGCAUCAAGGUCGGAAUGAAGGUCGAGAUACAGAACGUCCUCGACCCGUACCGCUACUGGAUCGCUACGGUGUGCGAGAACGUAGGCGGGCGGCUACUGCUCCGCUACGACGGCGCCGACGAGGACCUGCAGCCCUUCUGGAUAUUCUUCUCCAACCCGCGCCUCAGCGGCUUCGGCUACGUCACCAACAAGGGCUCGCCGUGGCAGUUCAAGUACCCGGGCAAAGUGAACAAGUUCUCGUGCAAGAACAAGCUGAGCGCCCAACUGCGCCAGAGCGCCGAGGAGUCCAUAAAGGAGCCCACGCCCGCUGAUCUCUUCCAGCCGCCGCCCACCCAGGAGGCGCACAGCUUCGUCACCGGCAUGAAGCUGGAGGCGCUGAGCCCCGGCGACAUGCGCUCCAUCCGGCCCGCCACCGUCGCCACGGUCUUCAACAACCUGCACUUCCUCGUGGUGAUAGACGACCACCUCGACGACCACGAGGAGAGCAAGAUGGCGUGGCUCUGCGACAACAUGCACCCGUACAUAUACCCGAUCGGCUGGGCGCAGCGGCACGGGCUGGCCCUCAGGCCGCCCAGGGCCUGGACGGGCGGCGCCUUCGACUGGGACGAGUAUCUGGCGAUGACGUCAUCCGUCCCGGCGCCGGAGUACUGCUUCGGCGGCAAGGAGCCGGCGCGCGGCUUCGAGGCGGACAUGCGCCUGGAGGCGGCGAACCCCACCAGGCAGGAGGAGAUCCACGUGGCGAGCGUGGUCUCGACGGUGGAGCACAUGGUGUGCGUGGAGCUGAUACCGAUAGGGGAGCGCUUCUGGUGCGCGCAGGGCAGCGAUCUGCUGUUCCCCGCGGGCUGGUGCGACAGCAACGGGCACGAGCUGCACGUGCCCGACACGAGGGCGGAGGCGCCCGGGGCCGAGGCGGAGCCCGAGCCGAGGCGCGCCGAGUGGUGCGACCGCAUCUACUUCAACUACAAGUGCUACGCGGGCCCCUCGAUCAGCCGCAACAAGCUGUCGCGGCUGCCGAAGCACGUGGGCCCGGGCCCGCUGCCGCUGGUGCUGCGGGAGGUGCUCAACAAGCUCAUCUCCGCCUCGUACAAGCCGGCCAAGCUGCUCAAGGACUGGGAGGCGGACGGCGAGCCCGCCGACGGCAUGAGGCUCGACGUACUCCGGGCCAAGCUGAAGGCGAGCACGCAGCACGCGCGCGUGGCGGUGCCGGCGCGGGGCGACCUGGUCCCGGGCUUCUGCCGCGCCACGUGCCGCCGCCUGCAGGCCUGCCCCAGCCUCUUCGGGCCCGGGGACUUCCCCGACGGCUGCCCCGACCACUGCCGCCGCCUCGACAAGGCCACCUUCCACAACGGAACAGAGCGCCGGGGCAGGCCGAAGGGCAGCCUGAACGGGCGCAAGAAGAAGAAAAAGGGCGCGACCGAGAAGCGCGAGAAGGGGACGCCGCCAUCGCGCGACGGCGAGGGCAACAGGGACGGGGAGUCGGUCGGGAGCGAGCACAGCGCCGGCUCGGCGCCGCCCUCGGAGCCGGGCACCAGGCCCACCUCGGCCGACAGCGCCUGCGACGGCAAGCGCCCGCCCAGGAGGCGGCGCCGCCCCAAGGCCGCCCCGCCGCCCAAGCUGGAGAUGAAGACGCGCGGCGCCAAGCUGCCCAACUUCGCCCUCCAGAUGAAGGAGGCGCACUGGACCAAGAAGGACGUCGCCACCAUCUACGGCAGCUCGUGCGCCGCCAAGAGGCGCGCCUCGCACGACAGCGACACCAACGGCAGCAGCUGCGCCUCCAACGCCAAGAACAUCUCGGACGUCUCGGACAGCGAGGAGCCCGAGCUCAAGAAGCUCAAGUUCAACACCUACGACCCGCUGCCCUCGGACAACAAGAUGUUCGAGAAGGAGACCGCCAUGUCCUGGAUGGGCGGCAGGGUGAAGCUGGCCCCCAACCCGCUCGACUGGUCCGUCGACGACGUGUACGCCUACCUGAGCAGCACGGACGACUGCAGGCCCAUCGCGGACAAGAUGAAGCAGGAGGAGAUCGACGGGCAGGCGUUCAUCAUGCUCGACCUGCCCAUCAUCAGGGAGUUCCUGCACAUGAAGAAGGAGUUCGCGAUGCAGCUGUGCAAGCACAUCAGCACGAUCCGCUGGUACUACAUAGACAACUUCGAGGAGAACGGCGAGCCUCGA